CAAAACGGCAACAACAGCGGCGGAUCUGCAGCAGGAGCAGCAGCGGUUUACCAGCAGCAUAUCACCACCAUCGGCAGCAUGCAGGAGUCCAACACCUGCUGGAGAUGUCAGAGUGAAACAGGUAAACGGAAAGCGCUGAAGUUGAACUUCGCCAACCCCCCAAUCAAACCUACAACUCGGUUCACACUGAACACAGCGGGACCACCUUUCCAAAACCCCCACAUAUGUCUGGUGUCAUUUGACUUUCAGAGAAUUCGCUCAACAGUAGACGAAAAAGAGCAGAAGCAGCUGCUUAUGGACUUGGAUGUCGUGAUGAGAAGUAGUGACUGUCCUUACAUUGUGCAGUUUUAUGGCGCUCUGUUUCGAGAGGGUGAUUGUUGGAUUUGUAUGGAACUCAUGGCUACCUCGUUAGACAAAUUUUACAAGUUUGUAUAUUGCUCAUUAGAUGAUGUGAUUCCAGAAGAAAUACUAGGAAAAAUAACAUUAGCUACUGUGAAAGCACUAAACCACUUAAAAGAAAACUUGAAAAUAAUACACAGAGACAUCAAACCCUCAAAUAUCCUCCUGGACAGGAAUGGAAACAUAAAGUUGUGUGACUUUGGAAUCAGCGGUCAGCUCGUGGACUCCAUUGCUAAAACCAGAGAUGCUGGUUGCAGACCAUACAUGGCUCCUGAGAGAAUAGACCCCAGCGCAUCCAGACAAGGAUACGAUGUCCGCUCUGAUGUUUGGAGUUUAGGAAUCACAUUGUAUGAGUUGGCCACAGGACGGUUUCCUUAUCCAAAGUGGAACAGCGUGUUUGACCAGUUAACUCAGGUGGUGAGAGGAGAUCCACCACAGCUGAGUAACUCAGAAGAGAGACGCUUUUCCCCCAAAUUCAUCGCCUUUGUCAACGUGUGCCUUACAAAGGACGAGUCCAAAAGGCCAAAGUACAAAGAGCUACUGAGGGACCCUUUUAUUCAGAUGUAUGAGGAGCGGUCAGUUGACGUAGCCGCCUAUGUUUGUAGGCUUAUGGACCAGAUGCCUGCGUCUCCCAGUUCCCCUAUGUAUAUGGAUUGAAAGCGGGAAAAAAAAUUAAAAAGAAAUUUCUUCAUUAAGAUCAACCAGUCAAUGGAGAAACUGGGUGGGGGGAAAAAAGACGUAACAAAUAUCGAUCUAAAUUUGCUUGGUCCCCAUGCUGCACAGUCAAAAAAAUGUAUAGCUUAAAAAUAAAUAAAUAAAUAAUAAAAAAAAAACCUUAAAAAAAAAAAAAAACACCAUUUGUAAAUAGAGGUGGUGUUUGUUUCCAGUAUGGUAAUUUUAUAAAUUCACCUAUGCUCACAAACAUCGGUGAAAUUAUAGGUCAUUUUUCAUCUAUUGUUUCAGUCCCUGUUUACUUGGUGGCUGAGGGUCAUUGUUUUUUUGCCCCUCAGACUAGCUGAAGUCAUUAAAUUAUCCUACAGAAAGCUCACUGACAAGCAGUGGUAGCAGUGUUUCUAUGGCAACAAAUAAGUCUUCUCUUUAGUCCUCUUGAAUAGAGGUAUUUAAAAAAAAAAAAAAAAGGAAUUGUUUGGAUAUAUAAGCUAUCCAGAACAGGAAAUAGACUGCUUGUCUUUGGUGAUGUGCUGGUCAAACACGAAUUAGUCUGUUUGCGCAUGUUGCACACUCACUCUUGCACACAAACACAGUUUUGUGUUCUGGCGAAUUUAAAGAAUCAAUCUUGCUUCGUUUUCCAAACUGGUAUAGAUUAUCAAAUAUAAUGUAAGAAAAUUUUAAACAUUUUUUUAAUGGUGAUACUUAAAGUGUGUUGGCACUUGAGUCAGUCAAUCAUUGAUGCAAACUGGUGAGUAGUAGUGAUUCCUAAAAUAGGACAUAUACAUGGUAUAUAGUUUCAAAUUCAAAAACUCGUAAUUACAGAACCAAACUCAUUAGUAGGUUCUCUUAAAAAGAUUUGUUUUUUUGGACUGGUCCCACCUUUUAUUGUUGUGCUUUAAUGAAAGCAUUGUGUUUGGUAUUCUACUAGAGCUGCGCUUCUUCAGGUUCAUAUUGUCAGAAUUGAUGUUGGACUGGCAGUCCAGUUAGUGCUCCCUCUUUCGUGAACUAUUCUAUAUGUAUGCUGAUGUAAAAAUAAAAAGAUGGGAAAAGUA